AUGCCUGUCCGCCUCACCACCCGCCGGGUACCCACCCUCCUCAAACCCUCGCUCUACAACCCCCGUCUCUACAGCACUCCCGCAUCAACAAUAAAAGUCACCCGAGUACCCGCACCACAUGCCGGCAACAUACGCAUCCUCUCCCUCAAUCGCCCUACAGCAAGAAACGCAAUCUCGAGACAAUUACUCCAAGAACUUCGUCAACAAGUCGAGGAGAUUAGCAAUGAGCCCGAAGAUGGUCCCACAAGAGCUCUGAUCCUGGCUUCCGAGUCCGAUCAAGCAUUCUGCGCUGGCGCAGACUUGAAGGAGAGAUUGACUAUGAGUGGAGACGAAACAAAACACUUCCUAACCACCCUCCGCGACACAUUUACUCGUCUCUCUCUCCUCCCCAUUCCCACCAUCUCAGCAGUGUCCUCAGUCGCAUUCGGUGGCGGUCUAGAACUAGCCCUCACAACCACUUUCCGCGUCUUCGGCUCUACAUCCACAGUCGCCCUGCCAGAAACAAGACUAGCAAUUAUCCCCGGCGCAGGAGGAACCUUCCGCCUGCCAUCUUUAAUCGGCACCGCAAGAGCCAGAGACAUGAUUCUCACAGGCAGAAGAGUGACAGCCGCUGAAUCCUACUUUUUGGGUCUCUGUGAUCGGUUGGUGGAAGUCGACGAGGCGCAAGGAGACAAGGCAAAAGAAAGAGAUUUGGUGCUCACACAAGCUGUGGCUUUGGCGAGAGAUGUUUGUGAAGGUGGGCCUGUGGCUACAAGAUCUGCGCUACAGGCAGUGAAUAGCUGGGGUGCCGGUGAAGAGGCUGAGAAUCUGGCUUACGAGCGUGUCUUGGUUACUCAGGACAGAAUCGAGGCUCUCAAGGCGUUUGGUGAGAAGAGACCGCCUGUCUUCAAGGGAAAAUAG